AUGAGCGACCGCUCCGAUACCAUUCACAACGAAGGAAUCAAACGAAUCCAGACAGCAGACAGUGUCUUCCUUCCUAUUUCCCGUGAUGUAUUUGAGAAGCUUUAUCUCAGUCCCAAGCAUCCAUCGACAUCAGGAGAGCUGCGCAAGAAGGUCGGCAAUCCCACGCCGAUCGCGUUGAUGGGUUUCUUGCUGGCUUCGAUGCCAAAUGCGUGUCUGAUGAUGGGCUGGAGAGGAGCUGGUGGCCAUGGAGGGGCUGUAAUACCGGAUUAUAUCUUCUUUGGUGGCGUCGUCCAGCUUCUCGGUGCGAUUGGAGAAUGGCUCAUUGGGAAUACUUUUUCCUGUGCUAUUUUCUUUACUUAUGGGACAUUCUGGAUUGUCCAAGGAACAAACCUCAUGCCCUUCUUCGCCACUGGACUCCAAUACUCUGCAUCUGGGAAUAAUCUCGAAGGCCAGACGGACCCUGGAUACAGUGCCACAUUAGGCUACUACUAUGUCACCCUCGCCAUCGUAACCUUCAUUUACAUGAUCUGCUCAAUCCGCACCAAUAUCUGCCUUUUCUCCGCCCUCUUCCUCCUCGUUAUCGCGUUUUCACUAUUCGCCGGUUCGGAAUUCACACUUGCGCUUGGAAAGGAGGCUUUGGCACAUAAAUUGCAGAUUGCUGGUGGUGCUUUUAAUUUCGCCCUGUGUAUGCCUGUUUGGCAUAUCUUCAUGGUGCAGAUGUUGGAUGCCGUCGACUUUCCUAUUUCACUCCCUGUCGGGGAUUUGAGUACUGUUAUUCCUGGGAAGAGUCAAAAGGCGAAGGCUAGACAGAGUGAGGAAUAA